UUCCAAGGUUUGCGAUACAUUCCUACCACAAUCGCACAGAACUUUCCACCCCAUCAACAUGAAGCAGCCCACCCGGUGUAAAGAGAGCGUGGCAAUCGGGGCAGUCUGGUCUGCCGACAGCGAUAGUCCCUUCUAGUCUCCCUCCCUCAUGCAUCAGCAUCCGAUCAUCAAUUAUCCAUUAUUGCUUCUGCACGGCUCGGCGUUUUCUUCACCCUCUGCAGCCUGCAACCGAUAGCCCGAUCUCCUGUCUGCCUUUCUUUUCUCUUAUCCUACCCUCGUAGCCCCAAGCUCUCCGGCGCAUUCCGCAUUCUUGGCUGCUUAUCGUGAAUAUGCUGGUGACAUCCGUUGAGGGAUGUCAUGGCCAGCCCGAGGCUGCAACCAAUACCUCUCAUCGCCAACUCCCGUCAUGACCUCACCAAUUUGCGGGGAAGCAAUCAGCUUCGCAACCACUUCACGAGCCACUCCCUCAAGUCCCAGCGUCAUUGCCGCAUCAUCUGUGCCACCGUGGGCCAUAUAAUCCCCCCGAUUCCCACCGUGACCGGCUCUCGGACAUAUCCAGCAUCAGUACAAUCAGUCUUGGAACCACUAUCGAAUAAUUGUAUCAAUACUGAACGAUUCUCUACCAUGCAGUCCUCAAAAGCUAAAAACACCUCGCGCAUGUCGCAAACCUCCCAGAAUCAGGCCGGCGGUUCGAAGAAAGACGAUCCCACUGCCAAUUGGAGUCCGGAAGAAAUCUUCGAGACCACCAUGGACCGCGACGGCAACCCUGUACCCGAUCCCAGCUACUACGUUGACGGUGAUAGGAUGGGCAAGGCUUCCAAAGGCGGCCGCAGUGAAGGCCAGGACGAAGGAGACAUGUAUGCCGCGGCCAACGAUGACUUUGACUAAACUGCCAGAUAUGAAUCAGGACUGUCUAAGUGACGGUCAGUCAGAGGCACAGUCGACUAGCGACUGCGUCUAUCGGCCUCGGUCUUGUGCUAUGCGAUUGAGACAUGUGUAAAUGAAAUGACAUGAAUUGAAUUGAAUUG